GGUUGCCUUGGUGACCGACAUCCCAGCGAGGGACGCCAGCCCUUGGCUUAAGUGCAUGAAUUAACGGGUUAUCAGGGUAAAGGACACGCAAACGUGACAGGCACAAGAGGACAGUCCUGCAUCGCACUUCUUAUUAAGUGGGCUGUGUAUGCCCUCGCCACUCCUUCGUCCCCAUCCCUUUUUACCCAAGAAACGCUCCCCAACAUCACCCUGGCGCUCUAGCAAGGGAGAAAGCGUAGCCCUCAAGCACCAUUAUCCAGCGUCGUCAUGCAGCAUCACUGCGCACAAAGUUCUCCGCCUCAUGGAUGCUCGCCGCGGAAGGGAAGGAAAAGGCCGUUGGGAGGACGGAGCCAUGUGGCUGUAAGGGCCUUCUUGUUGCCCGUCGGCCUCGUGGGGUUGCUCACAGGCUUUACGAGGGCGGGAGUCCUGGUGGCGGCUGAUGCAGGAGACACCAGACAUUCGACAGGAGGAAACAAUGCAGGGGCCUGGCGCCCACAUCCACCGACAGCCCCUCCUCUCCCCUCGGAUGGCUUCUCGCCUCAGCCACGCCACAAGGCUGGAGAAGCGGGCGGAGAGCGCAGGUCGUGGCACGGAGCGCGUGCCCGGGGGGGAAGCGCCCCGGAGCACUGGAGUGCCGGGGGCGCGGGGGAGGAAUGGGAAAGCCGAGGAGGAGGCCCCUAUGCUGGGGCGGCCCGCGCCUCGCACCCCCCGCCUCUGCGACAAGACUGCCCCUCGCCCUGGCAGGCAGGGCAGUCGUGGGAGGGAGGCGGGCGGGAUGGCGGCGGGCGGGAGGCAAGACAGGCCGGGGGGGAGCGGAGGGGGGCAGCGAGGUCGGUGGGAA